AUGAAAUUAGAUUCAAAAAUAUACCAAGAAGCACACCGGUUGGCACUGAUGCCCCGGAUGAGAAUGCUGUUCUACGGGAUCAUUUGCGGGGCGGCCGUUCCCACCAUGUACUUGAGAUCCUACUAUCUUCCUCAUAUAAGGAAGCAGGAGCUCAACGAAAUCAAUGCACUCGGCUCCAAGGUCAAGCUAUUGGAGGAAAGGACAUCGAGCGUAGAGCACCCGGCCGUUAGCGCAUCGGAAGCUGCAAUAAACCUACUGAGGUCUAGCGAAGAUUUGGGUGCACUAGCUGGUGUUGGCGAUAUUCCGAUCGCAGCUUGGCACAUCCGGGGUCGCAACAGAUACGCCAAUGACGAGCAAUACAGAAAACUUGUAGAGGAAGCUAACACCAUAAUGAUGUCCUCUAUAAUGUGA